GGCCUGGGAAACACGGCCCGCUUCAAGCGUGUCCCCGGCCCCCACGAGCCGACCGCCCGCUCCUCGGGGUCUCGUUAUAAAAAGCGGCUUUCGAAGUCUGCCCGGCUACAAUCCGCUGCCGAGCUCUUCAGACAGCUGACACCGCCACCGACAUGAGCCGCCUGCUGCCCUUCGCUGUCCUCUUGGCCCUCCUGGGUCUGGCCCUGGCUGCCCCGGCCGAAGAAGUGGCCCCACCCGCUGAGGUUCCUGCUGAAGAGGCCAAGCCUGCUCCGGAAGGCGAGAAGGCUGUUGAGGGACGCACGGGCUUCUACCCGGGCUACGGCGUUGGGGCCUACGGCUCUGGCUUCAACCGCGGUGGAAGCUUUGGCCUGGGUAGCUUCGGCAACACUCACGGGCAGGGUGGCUUUGGCUACAACUAUGGAGGCACCAACCGCCGCGACUACGGCAAUGUGCAGACCUAUGGAGAUCGCGAGGCCUUCGGUGUGGCCCAGAGCGCCGGCGCCAACCGCCGCUACGGACAGGGCAGCUCCGGAAACGCCUACAACAACCAGGCCCACGGAGCAGGAGGCAACAGCUACGGCGUGGGAUACCAGGGCGGCUACCUCGGCUAGUAACCCAAAGAAUUCACACGAACGCUUUCUGCUCUCAUCACUUCACUCUCGCCUGUUUAUGCUUUGGCCAAAAUGCAACGGAAUGGCCUUAAUUGGCACCGAAGGAAAUAGCAACCAUUCUGCUGAGUAGAUCAUCGAACGACACGUAGAACAGCAUGCAACACGACUGAAAAGAAAGAAAAAACAAGCAUUCAUGGGCAUUAACGAGGCAUCUUCUGAGGCCUUCGGAAAGGCAACUCCAUCUUGUCCCGGCCCCCAUAGAAAGAUGUCAUGAAUCAAUUCAAUAAAAAGAACUAUUUAUUUUCCCCAA